UCCCUGCUCCAGGCCAGGCAGCACCACUGUGGAGCCAGGGAAGCACCCGGGAUGUUCGCCUCCUGCCCGGGAAAAAGAUCAGAAAGUACCGGACAUUCUCUCUGCCUGGUGCUGGGCUGCAUGAUCUUUCCGGAUGGCUGGGACGCAGAGACGGUGCGGGACAUGUGUGGGGAGAAGACAGGGAAGUAUUCGCUGGGUGACUGCUCUGUGCGCUGGGCCUACAUCCUCGCCAUCAUCGGCAUCCUCAACGCCCUCAUCCUCUCCUUCCUGGCCUUCGUCCUGGGCAACCGGCAGAACGACCUGCUGCACGAGGAGCUCAAGCCAGAGAACAAAGAUUUGGUUGGCACUGCGCGGAUAUGACGCAGAGACCCAGCAGCAGGCCCAGUGCUCACUGGCUCCAGGACCGGACGCUCGCUCUCUCCUGCCUUGUUUCUGCUGCCGCUGGCUCCAUAAGAUCAACAUGCAGCCUCUCCGGAGCUCUGCCAGCCCUGCCCUGCGCCCUUCCCAUGCCCCUCGCCGCCUUGGGCUGCCUCCCUCUGCCCGGGGGCAGGCGCUGGAGGGAGGUUGAGGCCAAGUGGUCCUGAGCCUGCAUCCCGAGUGCCUGUGGCAAGGCCCCUCCCUCGGGAGAGCGCUGCCAGCUGAGUCGCCUCCAGCGCCCUUGUGCAGCGGGCGCCAACCCCAGCAGCCUCAGCCCCGUUCUGGGCAGCUCUGCUCGGAGAACCAGCCCGAGACUGGAGCCUUGAUACUCGUAUCUGCAGACGAGUCUUCUCUGCCCAGGGCCAUGUGGCUCUGCCUGGGGAAGCCAGCUGGCAGGAGGGUCACGUCUCUCCUCCA